AUGUCAACUAAACCUAGUGAAAUUGAUUUAAAAAAAUCAUCAGAAGUUAAUAACGAUAGUAUUAAUAACGAUAAUAAUAAUAAUAGUAUUAAUAAUAAUGAUAAUAAUAAUAAUGGUAAUAAUAAAGAGGAAACAUCAGAAUAUACUGAUCCAAAUAAUAUUUUUAAUAAAUUUAAUAAACUUUCAUCAGAUAAAUCAUUUUAUAAAACGUGGACACUUCAAGUUGGAAGUAACAAUAAUAAUGAACAAACAGACAGUAAUACAAUUAGCAAUCUUAGUUUUGUGAUUGCAACUCAAAUUAAAAAUUUAAUUUCAAAUUUAACUAAAAAAUCUUAUAAAUCAAAUUCUUCAGAAUUAUCGCAAAUAAUUAAUCAAUAUGGUAGUCAAGCUGAAAUUUAUAUUUUUAGAUGUUUAGUAGAUAGUAUUGAUUUUAAGAAUACAAAUACACCAAUUACAACAUCACCAACUACUACAUCGGCAACUUCAACAACAACUUCAACACCAACAACACCAUCAACAACAGCAUCAUCAACAGCAGCAUCAUCAUCAUCAUCAAAUCAAUUAAAGAUUCAAUUAUUUAAAGAUGAAUUCUCAAGAUUAACUAAACAACCACAUUUCAUCAGUGUACUUUGUAAGGCAUUUGAUGGUUAUGAGGUUUUAAACAAUGAAUUCUUGGUACACUUUUCAUCAACUUUAAAGUUAACGCCAUCUCAUGAAAUUAUGUUAGGUUUAGCACUCUCUCAAUCAUUAGAUAAAGAAGUACGUGAACAAGCCGAUAAAUUUUUAUUAAAUACUUUAAUUCAAUUAUCACAAUCAAAUACAAAAUCAUUACCUGAAAACUUAUUACAUCAAUUAUUAUAUAAAUUUAAAAUUCAAGAAACAAAUCAAUUACAACAACAAAAUAAUCAACAACAACAAAAUAAUCAACAACAACAACAACAACAACAACAACAACAACAACAACAACAACAACAACAACAACAACAACAACAAAACAGUCAACAACAACAAAAUCAACAACAUUAUUCAGAAGUAAUUAAAUAUCUUCAAUCAAUUUCACCACCAAAUUCAUUAGCAUUAUCACCAUUAGUAGAUAACGAUCAAAGUAGUGGUAGUGGGGGUGGUGGAAUUACCAACUCCAAAAGAUUACAACAAGAUAAUCCAUCCUAUGUAAAUUCAAUCAUCUCUAAAGUCUCUCAACAAAAUGUACCCUAUCAAAUUAUAUCAAGCAUUGGAUAUUCUAGUUGUUCAUCCGCUUCUACUUUAAAAGAUAUUUUAUUCCAAUUUCAAAAAUUAACAGAAUCUGAUAUAGCUCAAAUUAUAGUUUCAAUGGCAGAAUUAACAAGUAAUACUAAUAAUAAUAAUAAUAAUAAUAAUGAAAAUAAUGAUGAAAAUGAAAAAACUAAAAUUCCUUAUUUAACAUUUAAUGAUUUAAAUGAUAAAGAAACUUCAAAUACAUCACCAACAUCUUCUUCACCAAAACAACAAUCUGAAAAUGAAUCAUCAUCAACAACAACAACAACCAAUAGUAAUAAUAAUAAUAAUAAUAAUACAACAAAUAUACCAGAUGAAUGGAAUAUUUCAAUUUUUGUAGAUGUUAUCAAAGAAUUAUAUCCAACAAUUGAUUGGGAUAUAGUUAUUAGAGAAAUGGAUUGCCCAAUCGUUAAUAAUAUGGAUCAACGUGGUUUGGCAUUCAUUUUAGCUGUAUAUAAAAAAGCAACUCAAGUUGAUCAACAACAAUCCAAACCAUUCCCAAUUGAUUUUAUUCUCGAUAGGGUUUGGGUAAAUUCAUUAAGUCAAAUUCAAUUUUUAAAGAUUGCAAUUCAAUCUGAUUUCUUCCCAUUCCAAAAUUCUACAAAGAAAAGAAUCGAUCAAUCUAGUCUCAGUAAAUCAACACCACCAACUAUUGCUCAUUGGAAUUCAAUCUCUUUAAUUGAAACUUUACUUCAAUUAUCUGAUAUUGAUUCUGAACAUUAUUCAAAAGUUAAACCAUUAUUUGAUUCUCCAAUUAAAAAUUGUCUUGAUCUUUUAAUUUUAGGUGUUUCUUCAAUUACACUUAAAAAAAAUAAAUUACAAAAUGAAUUAUUAACAACAUUAUUUCAAACUUUAUUAUCACAACAUAAUUAUCAAUCAAUUGUUUCACAAUUAUGGAAAGAUCAUCCAUUAACAGUUAUUCAAAUAAUGGCUGAUAUAACUCAAAAAGAUCCAAAAGAAUUAUCAAGACUUUUAGAUGUAGCCCAAGAAUUAAAGAUUCUUAGACAAAUGUUAUAUUGUAAAACAUAUCCAUUUAUUGUGAAUUUAGCAGCUUUAGCAUCACAGAGAGAAUAUUUAUUUUUAGAACGAUGGGUUCAAGAAAGAAUGAAAGAAGAUGAUCAUCAAAGUUUCAUUAAAGAAUGUAUUUCUUUUUUGAAUGAUCGUGUAUUAAAGAAAGGAAAAAGUGGUGAAGAAAACUCCAAUACAGCAGCAUCAGCAUCACCAACAACAGCAACAACAGGAUCAGGAUCAUUCCCACCUCAAUCAAUUCAAAUUUCAAAUAAUGUAUUAUCAACACUUUGCAAAACAUUAAUGGCGGCUCCUGAUCAAAUUCCUACAGAUUUAUUUAAUGAUUUAAAGAAUAUUAGUGCAGCACUUCAAACAGCAGAAUCUGAAACCACAGAAAGAAGAUUCCCUGCAGAAGUUGAAGAUGAAACAAAUUCUUACUUUAUUAAAUUAUAUUCUGGUGAAAUUUCUGUUGAUCAAAUUAUUUCUGUAUUAAAAGAAUAUAAAGUUUCAAAAAAUCAAAAGGAUCAAGAUAUAUUCAAAUGUUUAUUAUUUAAUUUAUUUGAUGAAUAUAAAUUCCUUAGUGAUUAUCCAGAUAAAGAAUUGAAAAUUACAGGUUUAUUAUUUGGAUCAUUGAUAAAGAAUCAAUUGAUUUCCUCACAACCAUUAAGAGUUGCAUUAAAAUAUGUAUUGGAGGCAAUGAGAUUCCCAUUGAAUAGUAAUAUGUUUAUUUUUGGUGUAAAUUCAUUAAUCUCAUUUGCAAAUAGAUUGGUUGAAUGGCCACAAUAUUGGGCUCAAAUUUGUUCAAUAGAUCAUUUUAGAGAUAAUUAUGGCGAUAUAAUUUUAUCAGUUAAUAAAAUCAUUGAAUCAAGCGAUCCAAUAAAAAAUGGUAUGGAAUUUCAACAACAACAACAACCACAACAACAACAACAACAACAACAACCACAACAACAACCUCAACAACAAAAAUCUGCAAAUUCUCCACCUGCUACUACAAUCCUAUCAUCUCAACAAAUCCAAGAUGCAGAGAAUUUCACCUAUGAUUCAAAUACUUCAAGUGGUAAUGUUGGUGGUGGUGGUAAUGAUAUUUCAGCCGAUCAAUAUCAUCAAUUAACUCCACAACAACAACAACAAUUAUUACAACAACAACAAAUGUUACAACAACAACAAUUACUACAACAUAAAAUGGCUCAACAAUUACAAUUACAACAACAAAUACAAUUACAACAACAACAUCAUCAACAUCAACAAUUACAACAGCAACAACAACAACAACAUCAUCAACAACAUCAUCACCAUCAACAACAACAACAACAUCAUCAACAACAUCAACAACAACAACAACAACAACAACAACAACAACCAAAUGGUAAAGAUGAUGAUAAAAGAAAAAAAGAUCAAGAAGAUGCAUUUAGUACAACCAUACCAAUUGGUACACUUUUAAAUGCAUCGAAAGAAAUGAUUCAACCAGAUGAUAUUACCAAAGAUAAGAUUUACUUUAUUAUUAAUAAUAUUUCACAAAAUAAUUUAGAUGUUAAAGCAAAAGAUCUUAAAGAUAUUUUGAAACCAGAAUACUAUGAUUACUUUGCUCAAUAUCUUGUUGUAAAGAGAGUUUCAAUUGAAGCAAAUUUCCAUGCACUUUAUCUUGCAUUUAUUGACCGUCUUUGUAUUCCAACGAUUUCAGAGCGUGUACUUUUCCAUUCUCAUCAAAAUGUUCAUACCCUUUUAAAAUCAGAAAAGAUUCGUGUUGAUCAUAGUGAACGUUCACUCCUAAAGAAUUUGGGUGGUUGGUUAGGUUUAAAUACUUUGGCUCGUAAUAAACCAUUGUUACAAAAGGUCAUUUCACCAAAGGAUCUUUUAAUUUAUGCAGCAGAGAAUGGUUUAUUAAUUGCAAUCGUUCCAUUUGUUGCAAAACUAUUGGAACAUUGUCAACAAUCAAAAGUAUUCAGACCACCAAAUCCUUGGGUGAUGGCAAUAUUACGUUUAAUGGUUGAAAUUUAUCAAUUGAAAGAAUCCAAAAAUAAUAUCAAAUUCGAAGUGGAAUUACUUUGUAAUAAUUUAUCCGUUGAUAUUAAUACUGUUAAACCAACAACCAUUCUAGCCGAUCGUCGUCAACAACGUGAAAUUGAACAACAAGAAGAAAACAUGAGAAAAGAUAAUAAACAAUCAUCAAUCGAUUUACUUUCAAAUCUUCCACGUUAUCUUGUUUACACUCCUUCCAUUGGUGCCUAUGCUCAAUCACCAAUCUUUAAGAAAGCUGUACCUUUGGCAUUCGAUAAGGCAGUUCGUGAAAUCAUCGCUCCAGUAGUUGAAAGAUCAGUUGCCAUCGCUGUAAUUACCUCUAAAGAAUUGGUUAGUAAAGAUUUUGCCACCGAAGCUGAUGAACAAAAAAUGAAGAGAGCCUCUCAUUUAAUGGUUCAAAAUCUUGCUGGUAGUCUUGCUUUGGUCACUUGUAAAGAUCCACUUCGUGUUUCAAUCAUUGCUUACCUUAGAACUCUUCUUCAAAAUAAUAAUGGUCUUCCACCUUGUGAGAUACCAUUAGAGCAUGCAAUUAGUUUGGUUUGUAAUGAAAAUUUAGAUUUUGCUUGUUCCAUCGUUGAAACCGCUGCCACUGAAAAAGCAAUCAUUUCCAUCGAUGAAGUAUUGGCUAGUAGUUACAAUGAUCGUCUUAAACAUAGAGAACAAAUGGGUUCACAACCAUUCUUUGAUAUGGGUUAUCUCACCACUACAAUCUAUAAUACUCUCCCAGAAUCAUUACGUCCAAAACCAGGUGGUAUUCAACCAGAUCAAUUUCGUGUCUAUGAAGAUUUCACUAAUCUUCCACAUCAUAUAAAUAUUUCAAAUGUUGGUGGUGCUGGUGAAACUGAUAAUUUAACUGCUUCUCCAACUAAUGAUAUUGUUAGUGGUGCUAUUAAAUCAACUGGUGUUAUGUCACAACAAUUGGUUCAACAACAAAUGCAACAACAAGUUUCUCAACAAAUUUUACAACAACAACAACAGCAACAAAUUCAAAUGCAAUUAUUACAACAACAAGCUCAACAAGCUGCUCUUCAAGCUGCUCAACAACAGCAUCAACAACAACAACAACAACAACAGCAAGUUCAACAACAACAACAACAAGUUCAACAACAACAACAACAACAACAACAAAAUUUACCAAAUUCAGAUCUUUUAGAGAAAUUUGGAUUAUUAUUAAAUGAAGUUGAUAAAGUUGUAAUUAGAGUUUUAGCUCAAACUCAAAAUAUUGAAUUAGAACUUUUAUAUACAAUUAGUCAACAAAUUCUUACAUUAGUUCGUAUGUCACAAAGUCAAUCAGAAUUAUUAGCAGGUUUUGCACAAAGAUUAUGUAAUAGAUUAUGUGAACAAGAAAAGAAACCAAUUUAUGAAAUUUAUUUUGAACUUUUAGAAGUUUUACGUGAUUGGGAUCAAAAGGUUAUUACCACCAUUACAUCAUUCCUUUUAUUUAGUACACCUGAUAAGAAAUUAAAUCGUGUAUUGGUAGCAGGUUUAAUCAUUCAUCAAUUGAUUAAUAUAAACGAAUAUGAUUUGGCACUCUCAAAGAUGAUGAUAGAUUCACGUUCGGCUCCACCCAUUGAUUUUGCAAUUAGUCUAUUAAGAUUCUGUCUUGUUGAAAAUAACUAUGCAAAUCUUUCAGAGUUUCCAUCAACUUUUGAUCUCCUUCAAAAGAUUAGUAGUCGUUCACCAUCGGAAAUGUUGGCCAAAACUCUUGAAGAAAUUAAAAACUCACCAAAAGAAGAAAAGAAACGUCGUAUCUCUCGUAUUCGUCAAGAGGAUAUGAUUGUUGAUCCACCAGGUCUUAGAGAGGCUGUCAUUGCUCUUCUUCAAGAUUGGUUACUUUUCUCAUCAACCAAUACCGAUCAAAAGAUACUCAUUCAAUAUCUUGGUCAAGUAUUACAAAUUAGUUUUAUGAAGAAUGAACUUUACUUUAUUAAAUUCUUUAGAUUGGGUUUAGAGUAUGCAUUGGAACGUUAUGCUGCAAAUGUUGAAAUUCAAUCACCACAAUACCUUGAGAUUGACUCUUGGUGUAGAUUCGUUGUAAUGAUGGUCAAACAUGCCGAUCCAACCAAACUCAAUAUGUUAACCAAAGUCUUAAGUGUCCUAAUUAAAAUCCUCACCAAAGACUAUGAAAAUAAUCCAUCACGUUUCAAUCAACGUCCUUACCUUAGAAUAUUUGAAAAUCUUUUGGUCGAUUUAACCUCACCAGAUCCAAUACUUGAACAUGUCUCAAAUCAUAUUCUCUUUUGUUUUGUCAAUGCUUUGGCAACACUUCAACCACAAAAGUAUCCAGGUUUCUGUUUUGCAUGGUUAGAUCUUCUCUCUCACAAAUCCUUUAUGCCAAAACUUUUAAUUAGACAACAAAAACAAUGGUUCCAUGCUCUAUUGGUUCAACACUUUAAAUUCUUGGAACCUUUCCUUCGUGGUGGUGACUUAAGUGAACCUGUACGUGUUCUCUACAAGGGUACUUUGAAGGUCCUCCUUUUACUCCUUCAUGACUUCCCAGAGUUCCUCUGUGAAUAUCAUUUCAGUUUAUGUGAUGUCAUUCCAAAUACUUGUAUUCAACUUCGUAAUCUCAUCUUAUCCGCCUUUCCAAGAAAUAUGAGAUUACCAGAUCCUUUCACUCCAAACUUAAAGAUUGAUAUGUUACCAGAUAUUAAUCAACCACCAAAAAUCUCUUCAAACUUUACCGCAAGUCUUAAAGGUUUAAAAAUUGAAAUUGAUAAUUACUUCAAGAAUAGAGGUCCAUAUUCUUUCUUGUUGGAUUUAAAGAAUAAACAUUUACUACUCACCGAUAAAGAGGAAAUCUUGGCUGCUGGCACCAAAUACAAUGUACCACUCAUUAAUUCACUCGUUUUAUACAUUGGAACAUUGGCAAUUCCACAAAUUCAACGUAAAUCUGGUGUUGCUCCAACACCAUCACAAAGUGCUCCAAUGGAUAUUUUCCAUCGUUUGGCUUUGGAUCUCGAUAGUGAAGGUCGUUAUAUCUUUUUCAAUGCAAUCGCCAAUCAACUUCGUUAUCCAAAUAAUCAUACCCAUUACUUAAGUUGUGUAAUUUUAUUCCUCUUCUCUGAAUCUGGUCAAGAUAUUAUCAAAGAACAAAUCACCAGAGUACUCUUGGAAAGAUUAAUUAGUAAUAAACCACAUCCAUGGGGUCUAUUAAUCACUUUUAUCGAAUUAAUUAAAAAUUUAAGAUAUAACUUUUGGUCUCAUGGUUUCACAAAAGUUGCUCCAGAAAUUGCUCAAUUAUUUGAUUCUGUUGCAAAAAGUUGUUUAAAUAGAGAAUCUUCAAAUUUAUCUCAAUAG